CUAUGGUAUCUAGAAAGUUAUAAAUUGCGCACAAGGUGUCAAAUUGAUGCCGCGGAAGGUACUGCAAGUUUUGUAUUGAUACGUCAAGCGGUUUAGAAGAUAUUGCAGAAAAACAAGAAGGAGGCUCUGUAGAGCCCCCCAGUCAUGCACGGGUUAAACAUGACACACUGAAUCAGAAAAUUGCACUCGUAAUCGUGACCCCUUCUUAUGUCUCUGAGGUCAUCAGUAGAAACCCCAAAAUCUGCCUUCAAGUAGCCGAUGCAGUUCGUAUGCUAGCAGUUACCACCCUGCUAUAUACCAUCCCUGCUCUCCGACAGAACUGGGUUGUGGCCUCUGUCUGUCCCCGGCCGGGCGGCGGCAGGUGUUAGCCCGUCCAUUCAGUCGGUCCCUCCCGUCCCCAUGUUGGAUCGAUAUCACAGCGAGCUGGGGCCCGGAGCCGCCUAAUCUAGCGACCGCGUGCCCACUCGGAACGACUGCAAAACGCAUACUCCUUCGCCUGGGAAAAGUACAAGAUGAAAAUCACAUUUUCAUACUAUACGACCCGUCGGAACUAAUAAUGACAGAUCCAGUCCGACCCGUGACUUCAAUGCUGCAUUGACUCGCAGCCCGGGCGACUGGCGACUGCCCUGCCACCUAUCGGUGACGCGCACAACCCUCGGGCGGCCGCCGGGCAGUCAUUGAUCGGCGGCGGCCGACCGUGCGGGUGCCGGCGGUACCGUCGCAGACGACGCACCGACGCCACGUCAAACGACACCACCAUGACGUCGUCGGCGCCGCUGGCGUGCGCCGUGUGCUCGGUGAAGUUCGAGGACCUGGACUCUCUGCUGCAGCACAUGGCCACCGGACACGCAGCGUCCAGCGCGCCUCCGCCGGCCGCCGCCACUGCCUCCGGUCAGCCGGCCAGCACACGCCAGAUCGUGCUCAGCCGCACGGCCUUCCUGCGCCUGAAGCCGCUGCUGCAGCAGGGUGCCGGCCGCGGCGUGGUGACCAUCGUGACGCAGCGCGGCAGGGGAGCGGCGACCGUGGCGCGGAGGCCGAUCCGGCCGCGACCGCCGAAACCCGCCGCUUCCGACGGUGCUCUGGACGUGGAGGUCCUGGAGCCCUCGGAGCCGCCAGCGCAGUCCGAGCCGGCGGGUCAGCAGCCACCCAUCGACCCGGACUGGAUCGAGUGCUGCGUGUGCCGGCGCCGCUUCAAGCAUAAGUACUCGCUGGUGGCGCACUGCCGGCAGCACAUCAUGUCCCGCCUCUGCGGAGUGUGCCAUCGGCGGCUGCCCGACGGCCAGGCGCUGGUCGAGCACCUCGAGACGCACAUGGAGAAAAACUCUAGCUUCAAGUGCGACCAGUGCGACAAGUCGUUUGUGCAUGCCAAGAGCCUGUACGUGCACAAGCGCAACCACAGCGGAGUACGGCCGUACACGUGCCAGUACUGUCAUAAGACGUUCCGUCACUGGCACAAGCACCGCGUGCACGUGCGGAUCCACACGGGCGAGCGGCCGUACCGCUGUGAUGUCUGUGGAUGGGGCUUUCCUCGCAAUGACGAGUGCAAGCGGCACAUGCGCACGCACGUCGGCCAGAAGGCGUUCCACUGCGUCGACUGUGGAGUCGGCUGCGGCACUCAGAUUGCGCUGAUGCGUCACCAGGAGCUGCAUCACGGGAAGAGGAGGCCGUCGAUCGAGGGUGAGACUCAGGAUUCAGCGGAGGCGACGGAGGAGAGGCGUGAAGAGCCAGAGCCGUCUGGAGCCGACGCGGACAAGGCAGCGGACAGCUUUGCGGACCUAGACGAUAAUGUUACAGUCAAGGUCGAGAUGGAUAAUUUCUCGCUUGAAGAACACGGUGCUGAUGCCAGCGUCGAAGCCAAUGCUGAAGGUAUUGACGCCAGCGAAGGAGCAGCUGAUUAUGAUGCGGGUGCUGAUGGUGGUGAAGACGACGACGAUGUAGAUGAUGACCCUGACGACCCAUCCUACCAGCCCGACUCUGACUCUGGAAGUGGCGUCUCAGGAUAUGGUGGGCGUCGUAACCGAGCUCCCGGGAGAAGCACCCAAUCCGUACCCUCGCCGGCUGACGCUAGAGAGGAGGAGGAAGGUAGCAUGGAGGAGACGGAUCCCCUGGCGGUUCCCGGCGACGAGCAGCCGCAGAAGGACCCCAUCGCUAUCGGCGGACUAGGGCCCGAGCACCUCCCUGAGCCUGUCAUCCAGCCCGUGAUGGUCAUCAAGGAGGAGCCCAGGGACUCGGACGAGGAGCCGACAGCGCGAGCGGCCAGUCCAGCCGCUGCCGCACCCUGGGACGCCGACUCCAGCUCUGAGCUUGAUGAAGCAAACGUGAGCCUGCUAGAGCCCGAGGUCAAUCUCACCGAACUUUUUAUCGACAUUGAGCGGAUGCGUUCCACUAUCCGUCGCAAGAUCGCCGAGAAUGCCCAUAAGUUUGAGGACGCUGUGACACAAAAGGCGCGUUCCUAUGUGCGCGACCGCGAGCCGAGCAUCGCUAAUAUGCGCUCAAUUUUGCGCGCAAAACUCGAAGAAGGCAAACGCAUCCAGGCAUUGCUCUCCUCACAAGAAACUGAAAAACGGCAGGUGAAGAUCGAAUCAGUGUCACCACGCAAAAAGAUCAAAACUGAGCCGGAAGAUGCUGACGACUCUGUUACAUUGAACAGUGACAACAUUGCUGGCACAUCGACGGCAACUGAUUUGAACAGCCCGGAUUCGAAACUGGCCCUGGGACGGUCCCGGCGACUGCCACCGUCGGUGGGCCUGGGAUUCCGGCGCCGCGGACGGCCCCCGAAGGAGUUUCUUCGGGGACGAAAGAGCGACCCAAGCGCAACGCCGCGCGUGCCGCGACGCCGCUGGAUUCAGCACGAGCUCAACUUCUCGACAGAGGAAGACGGAUUGGAUGAGACGGCGCAGCUCAGUGGCGUCAGGAUCUCCACGGGAUUUGGAGAACUGUGAAAAUCUGACGGAAUUGAAGGACUCAUGAGAAAGAAAGGGAAGGUGAUCAGUCAAGUUUGAACGUUAAAAGGGUGAAAAAGAACAUCAAAGAAGACGGAAAUUAUGCUGAGUAAAGCUUGAGGGCAUACGUAUUGAUUUUGCUUUGGAAAGAUAAUCAGAUGUCUUCUAGAUGAGUAAAGGUCAGACUGUAAAAUUUGUGCGGACAGACGCCAAUGAAAAUGUCAGCUAGGGGAAGGACAGAAAUCGAAUCCCAAAGAGAAGAACUCUGGGCUAAAUGAUUAUGAGACAGAGAAGGCUCUGUACAGCCUAAGAUGCGUACGAGCGUAACAGCAGACGGUUCUAGUCAUUGGUGUUCCUGAACAUUCCGUUUUCUAGUCAUGAAACGCUGGGGUAACGUGUGCUGUGCAUUUGUUGUGGUAUUUUUAUUUAUCUUUCAAUCUAUUUAUAUAUUUAUUGCUAACUUAUUUAUUUGUGGUGAGGUACGUCAACCUUAGUUUUGGUGUACCUUAUUGUGUGUAUGUAAUGUGUAUCGUUGGCAGCAUUUUGUUUGAGUCGAAUGUUUUUGUAUUGUGUGUUACCUUUCCAUGAUCGGUGAUCACCUGCGCCCAAGAACGUCCUUCCCAGCAACAGCUGUGGUAUGCCGAAGGUGCGGCAUACUCAUAGCUCAGCAGAUGCGGUGUAGGUAAAAGCUAGUCAGGGUGAAUAUUCAAACAUUCCAAAUAGCUCCAUCUGUCUCAAUGAUGAAAGCACCGUUUUACGCACGACGAUGGUCUUUUGUAUAAAUAUCUACAUAUUUAUUUGAUUAUUUACUGAUACUAACUCAACAUUCCAGGCCAAAAUAUCCCCACGUUUAUGUUGAUACAAAGUGGUUGGUCUAAUGAUUGAUAGUCUGCGAUGUAGCAUUCAAUGCUUAGGUGAGGAACUAUUGAUGGAGUCGUCACCGUCGUGCAUGUAAUAUAGGGAGAGGUUGCCA